CACCAUAGGCAUUAUGGGUACAACAUGGGGUGAGUUGCAUAAGGUUACCAAAGGCAGCAGUGUCAAUGGAGGCUUCUUCCGCACCGGUCCGUGCUUCAGCCGCAGCCCGUAACGCUGCGUCCUCCCCGCUCUGAUGCAGCGGAUCACCAGCCUCGCCGCCUGCCGGGAGCUCGGCGGCCUCGCAGCGAGCACAGCCGGCCGCUGCGCCUCGAAGAGCGGCUCGACCUGCUGCAGGCAGCCGGCCGUGCACCGGCAUUGGUCGGAUGUACGUGUGCGUCCUGCGCGUCCUUUUGCCACCGAGCCAGGCCGGAGGCUGAGCAGGCGGAGGUCUGUGUUUGCCGGAGAGAAACUAAGACUGUUCAGCUCCCAGCCUGGAGGUGACGGGCCGCCGGGGAGCUCCGGUCAGCAGCCCGCCGUCUCCGUGGUCGGCAUCCCAGACCCGCUUACAUGGAUCCGAUGUAAAGUCAUCAUGUGUCUAGUCGAUCUGUACUUUGAAUUAGACAUCAACUCUGAGGAGUUUGACAAAGGAGUGAAGCAGGCUUUGGUCCAUGUCUCCAGCAAGAUGUCCAGUGGCAGAUAUCAUGAGCUAAGGGGAAUAGUGUCCAAUGAGAUGAUAGAAUACGUUGAGAAGAAGUGCAGUUCUCUCACUGAUGCUCAGAGGCAGCAGCUAGGAGUCAAAAUGGAUGAUAUUAUAUUUGUGCUCCCAGAAGAUAUCUCUGUCGUUUUUGAUCAAUAUGGUAGAAAGUUCUGUUUUGUCGUCAUGAGAUUUUGGCUCCUGUCAUCACAUGAAGGUCCUGAUGACCCAGAGGGUACAAAAAUCUUCAAAGUGGCCUCUGAUGAAGAUGGCGGCCCUCAGAAGAAAAUUGCAACUGCUGUUUAUGAGUUCCACCGUGAACUGACGAGGGGAGCCUCUCCUGACUGGACGGUCACCACUGUUUGGCACUGGCACUGGAAACUGGCCAAGUGAUGUGACUCAAAUUUGGGCCAUUUGUCAUCAGGACACAAGAAACUAGUGAUCUGCUGAAUUUACACCCCUAUGAAAGACAAUAUGCAAAGUGAGCAAAAGUUUGAAGAACUGUCCAUUGGGAUCACUUGAAAUGGGACCCACAGCACUGAAGCUGUCACACCUGCAGACCUCACAACUUUACAUACAGUAUGUAAAUGAACCUCCUGUGCUACUUGACUGUCCUUUUAUGCCUUUAAAGCCCUACUCCAGUGAUUUCACACAACUGAAAACAUUUGUAAUACAAGUCAGACUAGAAGUAGCACCUGACGCAGCUGCACUUGUUUUUGCCUCAAUUUCUGCCUUGUCAUGUCUCAUUUGUGUCUUCCUCUCGACUGCUCACACUUUUAAUUAACACUCACAGAAGAACAUAUGAACAGAGAGGUGAAAUCACUGGAGGAAGGCUUUUAAACUCUCUCCCUCUCAGUUAAGUGUGUUGCCAAGAAAGUCCAACUCCAUGUGCUAGCUUUUUCUCAACCUUUUAAGUUUUUCAUUAAGUGGAGUUUUCACAGUUGUCAUGGUGACAGUUCAGUUGUCAUCACGUGACCAAUGGUAAGCAUGAAACUUUGUCACGUACCAACUAGGGAUGCGCAAUAUUGGAUUUUUGCCAAUAUGUCGAUAAUUUCCAACUCAUUCUGGCUGAUUGCUGAUAGAUGCACAUAUUUUUUACACCUAAUUGAAGAGAACAUCAGGUCUCUCCUGCAGUGGAAUUAACAUAUUAUUAUGCCUACUCUUGAUGGCUCACUGUCAGGCACAGACUUGAUGCUUUUCAAGUGUUUACAUUUACUGGGCAAAAUAAGAAAACUACUUUAAAUGUAAAAUAUGCCAUAAUUAUUUUUUCUGCACUGUUGUUAAUAUUUUAAAAGCCUUUACAGGAUGAUACCAAAGAUGAUGCAGACAUUAUGUCCCUUUAGUGCUAACACAUCAGCUGAGUCAUCUUCAUGACAACUGAGUAACUUAUUUAGUACAAAAGGCUGAGAUGAGGCUGACAGAAAAGCUAGUAAAUGGACCUCAGGAUAAGAUUUUUUGGUCAAACCACUGUUUCCAAGGUCAAUAAUGAUACUCGGUUCUGCUGAGUUUGUUACACCAAUGUAUUCUAUCAAUAAAUUGCUUGAAUAUGGCAACAAUUUA